AUCUUGCGUCCGGUAUAGACGUCCGUGCGCUCGUUCGUUCGCCGAGGAACGAACAGAGAACGCUGCUUGCGUUGCGCGAGUCGGUUUUGGUAGUGGUUGAUAUCAGCUCAGCUGGAUAGAAGGUCGUGAACGAUACUAUACGUCUGCACAGUCUACACUCCUUGAGUUUUCUUUUUUUUUUUUUCUGUGGUUGCGGUGAACCAUGUAACGGUGACUUGUGUAAAUACACACGCAUCUGUUAGUUCGCUUUGGUGUAUCAUUCGACUCGUCGCCUCCUUCAUCAUGUGGCGUGUGUUAUGUUUUGGAGCAUAAAAUUACCAUCAGACCAGACCAUGUUUUUGCUUGUGCUUAUUCUUGUUCUCGUUUGAAUGGUUGAUCAGGAAAAAGAGCUCUUUCUCUCCCGAUUGAGAGCAUGGCAGGAUUGCUUUCAGUCAGUGCUUGUGCUGGUAGGGCUCGCGCUCUCUUUGCUAUCGCGGUCGUCGCCUGCUGAAUCGGUCGUCAGUCCUCCUAGAGUCGCGUAUCCCUUUUGAUCGUAGUUGGCCCCGUGUCCGUCGACGCCUGCUGCCUGCUGCUAUAGAAGAGAGGGAGGAUAAUGGUGAUGGCUGCAAACAUGGAUGCGUGAGCCCAAGUGAAAAAGUGUGAAUCUUCCUUCGUCGGACGCGAAUUUGGCAGGUUACUUUGAUCGAUGCGAUCGCGCGAAACGGAUAAAGUGAGUGGAUCGUGUGAAACUGCGGAGUUCGUUGGUUCGAUGGGAAAGCAGGAUGUCCCGUGAAAGAAAAGCUGUGAAUAUGUUACGGGUCGGGCGAAAAAUCAAUUUUCCUGCAAAGUAAUUGCUUUUUCCGUGGCUUGCGGGAAGUGUUCCGAAGGGCUGGCGUUGUGAAGUGCGAAGUGCAGUGCAAUCGUUUUUCUUUCCAAAUGUGGGAUGCGUGAGUGGAUAGCAUUUAAAUACCGAAGGAAAGGAUUGUAAUGAAAUCCCCCACACGCCAGAAAAAGGUGUGGUGCGUCAGUCGUUGCCGUCGUCGUCAUCUUCUUCGUCCUGUUGUGUGCAUGGGGAAAAGUCAGUGAAAAUUUUCCAAUAUAGCAGCAACUACACCAACAAGGUUCGCAUAAAAUGUACGGUAACGGGGCACAGUAACAACAACAUCAAUAGCAAAAACGACAGCAGUGGCAGCAGGGUGAAGGAAAACAGGAUACUCCUGGUCCCAGAGAAAGAGAGCAGUAGUUCAAGUGUGUGAGAAGAAGAGCGUUUUAAGGAUAACUCUCUAGUUGGAGUGUGGAGAGAAAAACCAAGAGUUGUUGAUAGGCGCUCACAGCUGUGGCGUUUAUUGUGUAAACAUAAACUGGGACCUGGAAGCCGUGUGUCCCGUGACAAGAUUUUCGGAAACAGUGUGACGACAGGGGAUUCAGCUGGAUACGGCACAAAAAGGGGUGCGCAGCAGUAAACAAUGGCUAUUCCAGUAUUUUUAGAAGGCCGGGUCGGCUCGACGCCGGACAAGGGCGUCCCGGAUAUGACAUGCAUUUCGGACAUCGACGAAAAUGGCAUCAACCGCAACCUGAAAGUGCGCUACGAACGAGACCAGAUUUAUACCUACACUGGAUCGAUUCUGGUAGCCGUGAACCCGUACAAAGAAAUCGAGUGCUACACCCAGAAAUACGUUGCCAAAUACCACGGUCAAAAGCUUGGCCUGCUGGAACCUCAUGUGUUUGCACUCGCCGAGGCAGCGUACCGAAACAUCCGUGAUAACGAAACUAAUCAGUCAUGCGUCAUCUCCGGCGAAUCCGGUGCCGGAAAGACCGAAACCACCAAAUUCAUUCUGCAGUACCUCUGCUCGGUCACCUGCGAUGUGUCCACCUGGGUGCAGCAGCAGAUUCUCGAGGCAAACACCAUCCUUGAAGCGUUCGGCAAUGCCAAAACCAUCCGAAACGACAACAGUUCACGCUUCGGCAAGUUUAUGCAGGUCUGCUUCGAUUCCAAGUGGUGCAUCAAGGGUUGCAUCAUCCAGGACUACCUGCUGGAACAGUCCCGGAUAACGUUCCAAAGUCCCGGCGAGCGGAACUAUCACGUGCUCUACCAACUGGUGGCCGAAGGGUCCAACAACAAUGAGGUGGCUGCAUCCUUGCACCUCCGGGAUGCAGCCUUCUAUCGGUAUCUGAAUUCUUCCGAGACAUCCGCUCAAGAUGAGCUGGACAUUGCGGCCGAAUCGAAGAAGUUCGAAGCACUGCGGCUGGCUUUCAACGUGCUGCAGAUCUCACAACCCUUGAUCGAUGGAAUCUUCAAGGUGCUAAGUGCCAUAUUGUGGUUAGGUAAUCUAGACUUUGCCGAUAUAGACGGCGAACGGUGUGAGUUGGCCGAGCAGGACAAGGCGAUCGUCCCGAUCGUCGCUGAGCUUUUGGGUUUGAAGGAUGAAGAUCUGGAACAGGUACUCCAGUCACGACAGAUCAACGUUCGAGGGAACAUCACGGAGAUUCCGCUGAAGUUGCAGGAAGCUCGCGAGAACCGGCAUGCCAUGGCGAAGGCCUUGUAUUCGAGGACAUUCGCUUGGUUGAUUAGUCACAUCAAUACCUGCAUCAAUCCAGGUCAGGAUGCGUCUCGAUUUCUGGGGGUGCUGGACAUCUUCGGGUUCGAGAAUUUCAAUACCAACUCGUUUGAACAACUGUGCAUCAACUACACUAAUGAGAAGUUGCACAAGUUCUUCAAUCACUACGUAUUCGCACUGGAACAGGAAAUCUACCGUCAAGAGGAGAUCAAAUUCUCGCACAUCCAGUUCACGGACAAUACGCACUGUCUGGAGUUGAUUGAGAAACCGCCACGCUGUAUUCUGAAGCUUCUGACGGAGCAGUGCCAUAUGCCAAAGGGUUCGGACACGGCCUACCUCACGAAUCUUCACGGUGAGUUCGAGAGUCAUCCACGGUAUGUUAAGGGUCAGGACCGGCGACAUUGGGAGUCGGAAUUCGGUAUCCGACACUAUGCCGGGUGCGUGAGUUAUACGGUUAAGGGUUUCGUGGACAAAAAUCGGGACGUACAACAGGAUGUGCUGUUUGACCACAUGAGUCGAAGCACGAACAGUUUCGUUCAGGAGAUUUCAUCCUUCCAAGAUCUGUUGAGUAUUCAACAGGUGCAGACGGCUUCUGCGGUAGGAACCGUGUCGCGGGGAACCUCCAAAGGAAAGCUAACCGUUAGCGACACGUUCCGGCAGCAGUUGCAAGCCUUGGUAGAUGUUCUUCAGAGUACGAACCCCUGGUACGUUCGCUGUAUCAAACCGAAUUCCGAUAAGUUACCAAACGAUUACGACGACCAGCUGGUGCUGGACCAACUCAGGUAUUUGGGUAUGCUGGACAUCAUCCGGAUCCGACGGGAGGGUUUCCCAGUGCACUUGACCUUCGACGAUUUUGUGCAGCGAUACCAGUGUCUCACGAAGCGCUUCCGCAAUCUCUCAAGCCAAGAUCAAGCCCUGGCCGUGAUACGGGAACUGAACGUGCCGCAAACGGAGUGGCAGACCGGCAAAACCAAAGUAUUUCUGCGAAACGUUGUCCACGAACCGCUAGAGGACGCCCGUAAACAGGUCAUCAACUCGAAGGCCUUGGUCAUCCAAAGAAACUGGAAACGCUACAGCCAACGGCGGAACUACGCGAAGCUACGAGCGGCGGCACUCAGGAUACAGCAUGCGUACAAAGGGUGGAAGUUGCGGAUCGAGUUUCUUAAGAAACGCCGAGCUGCCAUUGUCAUUCAGAGCCAUCUGCGGGGAGUGUUUGCAAGGGAAGUGGCGACGGCACUCCGCGAAAUGCGCCGAGUUGACGAAGAGAUGCGUAAGCGGGAACGACUGGAAGCGGAACGGAAGGAACGAGAAGCGGCGCAAGCGGAGGCUGACCGAAAAGCACUGGAGGAGAGUGAAAGGGUCGCUAAGCAAGAGAUUCUGGCCCUGUCGCAAAUGGCCGAGCAAAUUAACUCCAAGCUUCACUCGCAACAACAGCAACACGCCGCCAACAAUAACAAUAACAUCAACAACAACAACAACGGCCCGAGCAAAGACACCGCCCUCCAUAACGGGAGUGCCAGUUCCGGUACGGCUUCCCCAGCCGUAUCGCUGGCUGCUUCCAGUGCCGCUAACCAUGCCCAUCAGCAGAGCAACGAAUCGGUCGAUCUUGACAAUCUGUUCGCCUUUCUCAGCGAGGUACAGCCGAACGGGGCCAACUCAAAUGCCAUCAUCGACGAAAUCGGCGAAAAGAUGGACAAUCUGGUGGAGGACCUGGACGUAGAGCUGGAGUCGGUCAUCCAGCAGGAGAUCGAGGGCUUGACCAGUGAGCGGAAUAAUAAUGUCAACGCUCGGGGUGGAGCACCGCAUGCGCCGCCGAUGAUGAACGGACUUGCCGCCAAUGGAGUGAAUAAUAAUAACAACAACAACAAUAUGAUCAUGAACAAUAAGCCGACGACGCCAAAGCCGAUGGGUAUUCCAUCUCUCCCGGAACCAACGAUGCCACCGCCACCGAUCCCAACCGACAACAACAACCAGUCACUGCCAAACUCCAAACCGAUUCCGUCCACCAUGGACCAACAUCACAUCCGCCGCAAGGAGGAACCCAUCUACGAAGCCGUCAUCCAUCUCAAGGAACUGCCUCCCCCUCCCGAACCACAGGAAAAAGUUCCACCGGUACCGCAGCACCAGCCGGGACAAGUCCCGCCUUCGCUGCAGCAACAGCUCCAGCAACAGCAUCAACAGCAACUUGCUGCGCAUCAACUCAGUCUUCAGCAUCAGCUUCAACAGCAACAGCAGCACAACAGCCAUGCGCCUCCACCGCCUCCGCAUGCCCACGGAGUAAUCCACCAGCCGCAGCACAUGGAGAAUGGAGGCCACAAGUUGCGGCCGAAGAGUCCGGCCGUCAUUCGAUCCGCCAGCCCAGUUCAACGGGGUUCUGGAGGUCCGAUGAGCCCCUCCUCGCCGAAGCACAGUCGACCGAGUUCGCGAGCUUCGUCCACCGGCGGUGGUCACCCGUUGGCUGAGCGGGAACAACGCCGGAAGUACCGUGUGGAGAAGAAGCUACAGGAGAUGCAACAGAUGGAUAUCACUGAGAGGGAGAAGGAACUGCUGCGCGAUGAUGUGUAUUAUGAUAUUCUGGAGUUUGCUGAGAGUUACUAUAACACUCACGAACGAUCGCCGGAGGGAACUAUUAUGGCGACUUUGACGCGGAAGGGGCGCAAAUCGGUCGACAUGGUACCGAAGUAUGAGAUGAUUACGUACUACCGGGGCAAUACAAUCCCGUCGUCGCAUAUACAUAUGUACGAUCCGGAGAAUGUGACAAUUGCGUGCAAUAUUUUUAGGGAUCUCUGUAAAUACAUUCGCGGUGAGCUGAGCAACGAGAAGGAACUGCAGGUCAUUCAGUUCAUCAUCGGGCAGGGCAUCGAACGGGAGGAACUGCGAGAUGAAAUCUUCGUGCAAUGUAUGCGCCAGUCAACGAACAAUCCGAGCGUGGAUUGGACUGAUCGAGUGUGGCUGCUGCUCUGCCUAACCAUUGUGGCGUUCCAGCCCAGUAAGCUAUUGUUCCGAUACUUUGUAAGUUUUUUGAAAAAGAACCUGGAAACGUUGGAGGGCAAACUGCGGCAGUACGUUCAGUGGUGCUUGGACAAUUGUAAGAAUACGAAAGUUCGCUGUCGGCAGUAUGCUCCAUCCAGUGUUGAAAUUGCGGCCAUGCGACGCUUGGGAACGAUCGUGUGUCGGUUCUUCUUUCUGGAUGGCCGUACCAAGGCCAUAGAUGUGCAUCCGACGGACACGGCUAGUGAUGCCGUUGCCAAACUUGCGGAGAAGUUGGGACUGUGUAAUAUUGAAGGCUGGGCUAUUUACCAGUCACGACCCGAUGGUGAGGAGCACGUCAAGUCACAUGACUAUCUGUACGACAUCAUUGCCGCGUGGGAAGCUAAACAAACGAAAAUCCAUGCCGGAAGUUCAACGCUGCGCAAGAAUGCGACAACUUUGGGUUCAGGUGAAAAUCGGUUUGUCUUCAAAAAGCGGCUGUUCAAGAGCACCCGUGAACUGUCGCAGGACCCGGUCGAGGUCAACAUGUUGUACGCACAGGCCGUCUACAGCGUUGUGAAGUGUGACGACUUCCCUGUAUCGGAGAAAGUGGCUCUACAGUUGGCUGGCUUGCAAGCUCAAGUCGCCCUUGGAGAUCCUUCAAAUCAGCCCAAGCCUGAGUACUACUCGGAUGUGAACAGCUAUCUACCGGAACGCAUUAGCAAAUCCCGCGAGGAGCAGUUUUGGGUCCCGAUUUUGGCCCAGGCUCACCGACAGUACGGCGCUGGCCGUACAGAACUUACCGCUAAGGUCUUGUAUCUUUCUUGCGUGAUGCAGUAUCCGCUGUACGGUACCACAAUGUUCGCUGUAUCGUAUCGGGGCUAUUGGAGCUACGGAAACAGUUUGAUCCUCGGCGUUAACUGCGAGGGCAUUAUCCUGAUCAAGCCGGAUGACAAAUUCGUGCUGUCCGAGCUCCGCUACAACGACAUUGAGUCGAUCAUGCUCGAUCCGAGCGAUAGCUUCAUUACGAUCAGUAUGAACCGCCAUACAAGCACAAACAAUAACGCAGACCAGCAGCGAUGCUUCGUGUUCGAAACGUCGCAGAAGAACGAGAUCGGAUCGCUGAUCGUGUCUUACUUCCCGGCGUUGUCGAACUGGAUCACUGAAAAUGAGGUCCCCGUCAAGAAAAGCAAGGGGAUCACCAACGAAGAUCGCGUCAGGCUGCAUCACAAUGUGGUUGUAUGUCGGCGACACCUGGUGGAUGCAGAAAUCCUUCGAAAGCCGCAAGAUCCUAGCGGUGGCUUUUUGAGGAACACUCUGCGACGGCUUUCCAAACAUCGAUUGGAGAAACUCCGAGCUGAACACGGCAGUUCGGCGCACGAUCACGGAGAAACCUACAAGGGCUUCCCUCAUGCGUACUGGGCGUUCAGUCGGCAGGCUCUGCCUCAGAGCAUGAGCAAGCUACCGGAUCAAGAAGAACAGGCCAUGGUCCAGGUGUUCAACUCGAUCUUGACGUAUGCUGGCCUAGGUCAAAACGGUGAAACUGUUCAACGCGCAGAGGACGAACACAUCACCUUGAUCCAAUCGAUCAUGGAUCGUUGCAUGCGCAAGGAAUCUCUGCUGAACGAACUCUAUCUGCAGUUGAUCAAGCAAACGACCGAUCAUCCGGAUCCGAAUUCUCGCGUUAACCUCCGCCACUGGGCACUGCUCUCGCUGGCCUGUAGCGUUAUCCUGCCCCCGCAAAAAGUAGUUAGAAAAUAUCUGAUAGGCCAUUUGAAACGUUGUGCUAGCGAUUUCAUUAGCGAGGAAGGCAAAUACGCGCGGUUCGCCGAGAAGUGUUUCUUCAAGACCCAGGGCACCCGUCGACGGCAGUGGCCUCCCAGUCGGGAGGAGAUCGUGUGUACGAUCAAUCGAAGACCGAUCUACGCGCGGUUCCACUUCAUGGAUGGACAGUACCACUCGGUAGAGUUCCAUCCGAGUUCGACGUCCCGGGAAGUGAUGGAGAUUGUCAAGAAGAAGAUCGGUUUGCAGGAGAAUGCACAAGGCUAUGCCAUCUACGAAGUGCUAGGUGCUUCCGAACGAGCUUUGCUUCCGGAUGAAAAGGUUGCCGACGUUAUGUCAAAAUGGGAGAAAUAUCGCACGGCUGCCGCUCAAGCCGUUCAACAGAAUCAGAACUCGAGUCUUCCGCCGGCUUGUAGAAGGCAACACCACCUUUUCUUGUUCAAAAAGCAUCUGUUCUGCGAUCAGUACAUGAACCUCGACGAUCCGGUAGAGAAGGAACUGCUCUAUCACCAGGUACUGCACGGUUUGAGGACCGAGCGGUUCCCAAUUUCCGAGAUGGAAGCGAUCAUGUUGACGGCCCUGCAGGGUCAGCUCGAGCUGGGUGACUGCACGGACGUGGUCCAGGACUACCGUGCGAUUGCGGCCCACUGUCUACCGCCACGCUUCGUACCGAACAUCCCGCACGAGGGAGUGGCCAUGCAUCACCAAAGCUUGCGAGGAAUGACUUCGGCCGAGGCGAAGAAGUCCUUCCUCAAUCUGAUUCAAAGCUGGCCCCUGCACAAGGCGACCAUCUUUGAUGUGAUGCAAUCGUUUACCUCCAACUGGCCUCGGAUACUGUGGCUGGCGGUGGACCAGAAGGGGCUGCACCUGCUGGAGCACCGGUCACGCAACACCCUGUGCACGUACGAGUACCAGUCGAUCCUGUCGUUCUCGCCGAACAUGAACUGCCUGAUGAUCAUAACCGGGUCGGACAAGAAGCAGUCGAAGGUUAUACUGACGACGUCGCAGGCCUUCCAAAUCGCCAACCUGAUCCGCGAGUACAUGGAGGUCAUCCAGUCGCAGUUGAACGACGAGUCACAGAAAGACCCCAACACCGGAACGGCCGGAGUAGCGCCUCAGGUACCACCGCACAAUCAACCGCUUCCGCCUCCGCAUCAGAAUCUUACGCCGCAGCAACAGCAGCAGUUGCUUCUGCAACAGCAGCAGCAACAGCAACAAGCAUUGCUGCAGCAACAACAGCAGGAUCAUCGAAAGGGCGGUUCGAGCGGACAGUCGACAAGGCCUUCUUCGAUGGCAAUGCUGCGGCAGUCAGGUGGAGUGGCUUUGGUUGCUCCGCAACCAAGUUAAGGGUGGAGUGCUUUGCGGAAAGAAACAUGUUACAGAGUAUUAGCUUAAAUAUCGAUAGUAAUUGUAAAACACUCACGAAGGGACGACGUUGCAUUAACAAUACGGAAGGAUUACAAUAAAUGUAUGUGUGAGAGACUGAUAAAAACAAGUUAUUACAAGUUAAGCAAAUAUUGGACACGUGUGAAAGGUUUGAUAAUCAGUUUAGGAACGUUCAAGAACUAAUUCGAAUCAACAACGGAAAACGAACACAACACACGUGGUUUUGGAUCUCAGUCAAGACGCAUGGAAAUCAAAAUUUUCUACUUACAACAAUAUCAAAUUGUCUCAUGAAAUCAAAAUAUAUCCUCUAAUAACCAACAGCAGUAACCAGGAAGGUAAGCUACAGUAAUCAAACUUUGUAAUGAAAACCGGUGAAAUUUUGCGAUAGAAAUUCUGAUUUUCGUUGCGUCGCUGAAAUCGAAGUUGAAACAGUUUUUUAAAUAUUAUAGCAAAAGAAAAUCGUAGUUUCAGUUACCUGAGCGAAGCAAUCAUGCGCCAAGUAGUAGAAUCUCCCUCGCCACUCGAAUUCGUUGCGCGCUCUGAUGAUCUCAUUAAGUCGAAACAACCAUUCGCAAUUUGCUCACAGAACACCCACAUGGUUUAGUAAGCCGACGAAUUGGUUCCGAUUUCUAUGGACUUGUUAUUAGCAACUCACAGGUAUACCUAUAAAGAUUCUGAAAUAGGAAGCGCCUUUCACAACCCCAAGCACUUAGUAGCACAAAACACACUAACACUUGCACAAUACUGCCUUCGUUUCCGCCGCUUUGUUCAACAAGUGUCUUUCACUUUCUUAUUUAUUAUGUUAUUUUUUUAUACAACAAUUCUACACUGUCAAACUGUUUCACGAAUUGUUUGGGACUCAGGCCAUUACGAGUAAAAUUUAGUUGCCUAUCUUUAGCUAUUUUCUUCCCUAUAUGUUUAUUUCGUGAUUUUUUCGAUGGAAAAACGUGUGAUAUGCUGUGUUGAUUUUCUAUCAGUGCAUUGAUAUACGCAGAAAUCUCUUUUGAUACAAAUUUUUCGUAUAAUUGUUUAGCACCUAAGUGAAACUCAGAUAGGUUAAGCUUAGCGAUAAUUUUCUCUAGAGAUACGUACGAAUGUGAGUAAUUUAUUUAUAAACAAUUAUUUAUUUGUAUAAUGAUAUUGGCCAUAAUAAGUUUUCCUGUUUACACACAUACUAACGAUACUAACUAAACACUCUAGCAGAUAGAAACUUUUUAAAACAAAACUACACCAAACCCCGCUUUUAACCAUUACACACAUUUGCAUAAGAAUUCUUCAAGUUUACUUCAACUCGAGAUAAGUUCAGAAUUUUAUUUAUCAAAUCUUACCAAGUAGGGUAUAAUAAACUGAGAAACAGAACUAUAUAUUGAAAGUCUAAGCAAACAAUUGCAAAACUAUUGAAAAUGGUUGAAAAUGAUUAUUGAAUAGUUACAAGUAAAAUGUUAUCGAAGAAAAACCCAGAAAGGAAGCCUAACCCCUUAAACAUAGCACUAACGAAAAAAAAAGUAAACAGAAAACCUUAACAAACUAAUCAAACACAAAACAAAAACAUAAACCAACAGUAAACGAGAAACAAAAAUUUCACUAGUCAAGACUAAUUGGUAUAAUGAAAUUGCGUUGCAGCAGAACUACUUUCUAGUGAAUUGCUACCAAAUGAGAAGUGAGUUAUAAUCUUUCUAAUUCCUAUAUCUUCCCUCGUGUAAGUUGGCUCCACGUAGUUGACUAACCGCAUUCUAUACGAGAGAAACGAGACACAAGAACGAUAAAUCUCGAUUGAGAAACAAAUGUCUGAUGAAUUUCCAGCCCAAAUUGGCGAUGCGAACCUCCGGGUCCGGCUGCCAUUAUCGUGAUCUCGUGUACUGAAAACCAUUACUGAAUGAAAGUGGUAUUUUUCGUUAAAAACCAAUCAAUCGAAGAGAGGCGCAGUAUUGCGGCUAUACUCUGCUUUCUAUACUGGUCAUAAAAUCUCAUAACGGAAGUAAAUCAAGAUUUAUUGAGCAAAAAUUGAAA